CUUAUUCAGCCAGUCAGUGAGCAUACCGCAUCGCACCUACGACAACGGCUGGACAAAAAUAUCGAGACGCAAAACCAAAGCAAACGCAGUCCGAAGCGGAACAACAAAAACAACAUUCCAUAUCGGAGAGCGAACGAGAAUAUCGAAUAGUAGAUCGGGAACCCAGCCCAACAUAUUUGGACGAAAUGCCUUCCGUUGAACCCACAAGCCAAGUGAACGAACAAUCUCAGUCUUCAUCCCACCAGGAAAAUGCCUCCGCCAACAAUAAUGGACAAUCAGAGCAACAGCAGCAGCAGCACCAAGAACCAAAUCAGCAGAGCGCAUCUAACGGAGAAGAAAUACGUGACCCCGAUCGUCAGCUGAUUCCAGCCGAUCGCAUUGAACAUGUGGAGGAUUCCGCCGCGCCCGUCGACCUGCCAACCGUGCGUGAAUUCACCCAGAACGACAAGAUCAACAAGUUUCUGCUGAACUCGUUCCUGCAGCGGCUGAACGAAACCGACCUCAGCCAGUUCCGCGGCAACGGCGACGCGGCGGACGGCGAAGACCAAGAGCAGGACUUUGAGGCGUGAAAGCAGCGCCAGUAUCGAAUAAAUCCUCGGUUAAGUUUUUUGUAUGUUUAAGGGCCGUGCUUCUUUUGAGUCAUACCAUGCUAUACACCCUCUAAAACAUUUUGUUGCGAUCGGAGAAACGCCAGCCAAGUGGCGAAAUAAAUUGUACAGUACGAACAACAGUAA